AUGAAGCGAUCUGCUGCUUGGUCAAAGGUGGGAACUCGCGCCGUUGUCAAAGUGCCAAAUACUAGGGCAAAAACAACAACAAUCUUGGGUGCUAUUUCUGCUUUUGGUGUUGUCAAUAUUAAAAGUAAAGGCACUGUUACAGGCCAUUACUUUAACUUUUUGAGCGACACCAUGGACGAAAUGGACAAGCAUCCUGAUAUUUUUAAGGACAACUACUUGAUCAUCAUGGACAAUGCUCCAAUCCACAUGAAUGACGACAUUAAGCUUUUCAUAGAAAGUCGUGGUUAUAGGUGCGUCUACCUUCCUCCAUACUCUCCAGAGCUCAACCCCAUUGAGCAAUUCUGGUCUGUUUGUAAGAGCAAGCUUAAAAGAGAGAAGUUGUUGAAGGAAGAGACACUUACAUCUAGAAUCGGAGAUGCAUGCAAUCAAGUGCUUAUUAGCGAUCGUAAAGGAUUCUGUAAAUACUCUUGUGAUAGAUUUGAUGAUGAUUGCUUGCAAGAGAAGCCUAUUUAG